UCGGUUUUCGUUUUGAUUAUUUUGUUGCGUGUAUUGUUAAUGGGCCUCGAUCUCCAAUUGUUUGGUUUUCUUUGGGCUGUAACAUCUUUUAUUUAUUUGUGGGCUACGAGACACAAUAUUUGCUCUGUUAAAAAAAAAAAAAAGUAAAAGGUCGUCUUCUUCAAUCGAUUUCUUAAAAUCCGAUUAGGUCAAACUCUCAUGGAGGUUCUAGGAGGUUUUCUGUAUCAAAUAUUUGUAUCAAAUCUCUCUGUUGGUUUCCUUCAUGUCGUUCCGUCUCCGAUUCAACGCCUAUGAUACGUUACAUGAUUAAGUGGCUCAUCGUCAUUUACGGCCAUCUUGGACCCACACCAUCUCAUUCAAUACUUCGUAACUCCCUCCAAUAACGUCAAACGCGGUGGUGAGCUCAUCGGUGUGGAUAUGCUCCUCCUCGACUCCAAGGCGACACUCAUGCCAGGAUCGUCACCAUCUCACCACCUACAGACGGCACUUAAAGGCGGGUUCUAUGCGGCUUUGAUGUCACUAGAAGAACACUUCAGGUUUCGAAAUCAAAAUCAGCUGCUUGGCCUAGCCAACACAAAUACCCAGCUUCUAGUGAUGUUUCUGGGACGUUGAGUAUGUUUGACUCAGAUGCUGUAUCAUUCCAUAGCCACCUGGACGGCUAGCAUAAGUCCCACAAUUGAAAAGAGGCGUCUGUUCCUGAAUGCCACAUCUGGGAGACAACUUUAUUUUGACAAGGAGACUAAUGCAGAGGAAACCUAUUUUACAAGCUGGUCUCUCAAGACACUGGGAACACAUCAUCAGCUUCACUGCUGAGGGGUUAAUCCAAGGUUGAGCAUGUGACCAUAGCUGAACUAAACGAGUUUAUCCUCACUCCCAGCCUCAGGUCACUGGAUUUAAUAUGGAUAAAGGCUGGUGCUAUGUCUCUUGCUCCAGAUGUACAAAGAAGCUUCAGCGGACAGUCUCAUCUUUUACUUGGCAACCUGCAGUAACACCAAUGCAGUUGGUUUCCUUCGAUAUGUUGGACCCUAAAAUGAGGUCCCAUAGACACAUCAGCAACUAACAUACAUUUUAAACAUUUUAUUUUAUGGAUCGUGUGGAAACAACUAUUGCUGAUGAGAUUGCUGAAAGUCUAUUUGUUGAUUUCAAUGGGAAAAAAUGCAUAUCUUGGUACGUGCCUACCGUAACAAAUGGUUGGCAAGACUUUCACCUUCCAGGUCAGAGUAAGCAGCUACAAUUUCGCUGCCAAUCACCAAACCUUCACUAUAUCACGCAUCUUGAACGAACGUGACCGUCUGCCACUCUCUGAGUUCGUUGCCCAUAUAUGUUUUAAAUUAUAUUCCACUCUGGUCCUUUUGUAGUAUGGAAAUAAUGAAGAGUGACGGUCUUAACAGGAUGGCUACGAUGAUCAUGGCGAUGAUAUGCUCGGGAAUAUCUCAGUGCUUACUAAGGUGGACACUGAUGGUGACGACUGUGAGUAAGCACCAACUAUAGGAAUUACUUCAACUGGUGUCCACACCAAUAAGCCUCCCGCAACAGCAACUUCCAAGGUUGCCAAGAAGGCAUGGGUCGCAUAGGCGAAGAUCAUGAAGUCUCUCUACCCACUAUUUUCUGUUUGAAUAAUGUUUCGGCAUCAAUUUUUAAAAUAUGUUGCAUCUGGUAAAGUUUCUUUAAAAUAAAUAAUUUCUUAACCAUCUUAUGAAUUCCGUUUGACUUCUUAUACGAGUGAUUUAAGUUUAUGCAAACCUAUGAAUGUUUUCCCUCAGAUCAAACUUUUAAGCAAUGAAGAAAAAAAGAUGCGAGAUUAAUAAAUACCAAAAAAUUUAAACCACUUCGAAUUUUUUUUUUUACUUCGAAUAUGUUCAUGAGAUUGAUCUAGCAAACUCUACUUUAAUAUUUAACUAGAUUUGAACUCGCACUUACGUGCAGAUAUAUAUAUAUUAAAAUAAUAUUUAAACUAUAAAAUAAGUUAUAAAGAUAUACAUUUAAUAUCAGUUUUAAGUAUAUAAUAUUAUUUUGAAAGUUUUAUAUUUGAUGUUUUUUUGAUGAAAUUGUACUAAUCAUAUAUUAAUCACCUACUAUUUUUUUAUUCUUUUUAAAAUGCAACAUCAUAUUAAUAGUUUAAUUUAAACAUUACUUUGUUUAAAAUUUUUUAUGCUCGAAAUGUUUGUAUGUGACUAAAUUAAAUUAUUUCUAUUAUAUUUUUUAAAUAUAAUUUUAUUUUAAUAUAUCAUAUUUCAGUUUGGUGUUUUUAUUUUCAUUACAAAAAUCAAACAUAAAAUCUUACAACCGAUAAAUUAUUGUUUAUUUUGUUUAGUAAAAAAAUUAAUAUGAUAAUUUACAAAAGAACUGGAAUGUACUUUUUAAUUUUAAAACUAAUUAGUAAAAUAUAUAUAUAAUUUAGUCUAGAUUAAACAUGAUAAACAAUUAAAAAAUAGCAUAAAAUAUAUUUAGCUUUUCUUAGGAAUGUUAUUGUUUAAAAGUAUAUUAUUUAUUUGUUUCUAUUAAGAAAAUAUUAUAUAUGAGUAAAUUUAGUAUAUUUAGUUUUAAUGAAUCGUCUGACAUAAACUUUUAUAUGGUAGAUAAAAAAUAUGACACUCAAUUAAUAGAUUAAAUUCUCUCAUUUUCUUUUACUCUGACUCUACCACAACCAAAUAUUAAUAUAUAGUACGUUCGGCCAAUGGCAAAGUAAAAAACAAAACCUAUAUCAUCUCUUAAACACAUUAACAUUAGUCCACAUUCUCUAGAUAUCACCUGCAUGCAGUCCACCAGUGAAAAUAAUAAAAACCUACAUCAUUUCAUUUAUUCACCCGUCCGCCCGUAGGGCGGGUUUGCCCUAGUAAUAUAUAAAGUAAAUAUGGUCAACUGUUAAAACUAGAAAUAUAUAUUUUUUUUUUGGUAAUAUUUUUUUUCUUAAGAAUAUGCUAACAAAAAAAGGUAUGUACAAAUACAUUUCAAAAAUUUCUUACAUUGUACAUUCUUAGAAUAAGCAAAAAAGGUAUGGAAAAAAUUACAAUAAGGACCAACGUCAAAAAAAGGUAUGUACAAAUACAUUUCAAAAAUUUCUUUUCAUGAUAUAUGAAUGACAUAUGGACCAAUAAGGUGUCACCACAGUUUUACAUUUCUAUAUGUGACUUAAUUGGUGCUAACUUUCAUCAGUAACAUAAGUGUAUAUAAUUCAGAGGCCAACGUCACAAGUUGGCACAGACAAGCUUCAUCUGAAAACAGACUCCUAUUUUAAAUACUUCCAAACCCAACCUAACAUUCCUUGUUCCAAAUGGCCCCAUCCAUUCCCAUGGAUCCAGUCAUUUUAAAGCAAAAUGCCCAUCAACAAAGAGCCUAUAUGACAUUCCUGGCAGGUAAUGGAGAGUAUGUGAAGGGUGUAGUGGGUCUAGCAAAGGGUUUGCGUAAGGUUAAAAGUGCUUACCCUCUCGUUGUUGCUGUGAUGCCUGAUGUGCCUGAGGAACAUAAAGAGAUCUUGAGGUCUCAAGCCUGUAUAAUGCGUGAGAUCGAGCCUGUAUAUCCUCCGGACGACCAGGUCUCUUAUGCAAGGGACUAUUACAUUAUUAACUACUCGAAGCUUCGUAUUUGGAACUUUAUAGAGUACAACAAGGUAGUGUUCCUUGACGCGGAUAUUCAAGUCUAUGACAAUAUAGACGAGCUCUUUGAUUUGCCAGAUGGUUACUUGCAUGGCGUUAUAGGCUGUUUCUGUGAGAAAACAUGGAGCCACACGCCCCAAUACAAAAUUGGAUACUGCCAGCAGUGCCCGGAAAAGGUGAAGUGGCCGGUCGAGAUGGAAUCUCCUCCUCCACUGUACUACAACGCUGGAAUGUUUGUGUUUGAGCCUAACCUCUCUACAUAUGAGAGCCUCCUCCAGACUCUCAAGGUCACACCACCUUCAGAAUUUGCAGAACAAGAUUUUCUCAAUGUGUUCUUCGAGAAAGUUUUUAAACCGAUUCCAUUGGUUUACAACCUGAUUAUGUCUGUACUUUGGCGCCACCCGGAGAAUGUGGAGCUGGAGAAUGUCAAAGUUAUUCAUUACUGUGCACCUGGAUCCAAGCCAUGGAAGUUCACUGGAGAAGAAGCUUACAUGGACAGAGAAGAUGUCAAAAUGUUGGUCAAGAGAUGGUGGGAUAUUUAUAACGACGAAUCCCUCGAUUUCAAAUCGUAAAUACCUGGUGAAGAUGCGGAAGCCCUUUUGAAAUAUUUUGGCGUGGCAUAAAGCCAAAUUAAUUUUACAAUUACUGUUUUGGUGUGUUUGAUUUCUAUGCUUUAAGUUAUAUGUUUUCUUUGAUUGUGUGGUGAGAAUAAAUUUGUCAAACUAUAAUAAUUCAUGGCAUUUUUGCUAAAAUAUAACAAAAAAACAAAUAUAUCGUCUUUUUAUCAUAGAUUUUUGGUCGAUAUCUGGACUUUUAAUAUUUUUAGAUUAUUUGAAACAUUAAUAAAAAUAUUUAAUAAACCAAAAAAUAAAAAAAUGUAAAUGAUGAAUGUAACAUACAAUCACACAUAUAAAACAUAUUUUGUUGUCUGAUUCUUGGUAAAAUAGAAUUUUGUUAUUGU